GCAAUUCAUUUUUCUGCCAAUAGAUGUCUCAGUUUGUUGUAGUCUUACAUUCAAAAUUUAUUGCAAAACCUCCCUUGAAAUUAAUCCUGGGAGAAAACAAAACAUACAUAUAUAUAAUUUGAACAGAAAAUGCAGAAAUAUGAGAAACUUGAGAAGAUUGGAGAAGGUACAUAUGGAACAGUCUUUAAAGCCAAAAACAGAGAAACUCAUGAGAUUGUAGCUCUGAAAAGAGUACGGUUAGACGACGACGAUGAGGGUGUUCCAAGUUCAGCAUUGCGAGAAAUUUGCUUGUUGAAAGAACUAAAACAUAAAAAUAUAGUUAGGUUGCAUGAUGUUCUGCACAGCGAUAAGAAGUUAACUUUAGUAUUUGAGUACUGUGAUCAGGAUUUGAAGAAAUAUUUUGACAGCUGUAAUGGUGAUUUGGAUCCUGAGACUGUAAAGUCCUUCAUGUACCAGCUGCUGAAAGGGCUGGCUUUUUGUCACAGCCGAAAUGUACUACACCGAGACCUCAAACCUCAGAACCUUCUUAUUAAUAGGAAUGGAGAGCUGAAACUAGCCGAUUUUGGAUUAGCGAGAGCAUUUGGGAUUCCAGUCAGAUGUUACUCAGCUGAGGUGGUGACAUUGUGGUACAGGCCUCCAGAUGUGCUGUUUGGUGCCAAGUUGUAUUCUACCUCCAUUGACAUGUGGUCAGCAGGCUGUAUAUUUGCAGAGUUGGCAAAUGCUGGAAGGCCACUUUUCCCAGGAAAUGAUGUCGAUGAUCAGCUGAAGAGGAUUUUCAGAUUGUUAGGGACACCAACAGAAGAGCAGUGGCCCACUAUGACCAAGCUUCCAGAUUACAAGCCCUACCCCAUGUAUCCAGCUACAACAUCAUUGGUGAAUGUUGUUCCAAAGUUAAGUCCCACAGGACGAGACCUGUUACAGAACCUGUUAAAGUGCAAUCCCGUGCAGCGGAUCUCUGCAGAGGAAGCCUUGCAGCACCCAUACUUCGCUGACUUCUGUCCUCCUUAAACAUUUGCCAAAUCUUACUAUUGCACUUCGGCUAUCAUCCUGCGUCAAAGGUUUCACUCAAGAGCUCAACGAAGGACACGUCAAAUGACUGGAGAACCCACACUGAACCUGGAACUGCUUGUAAAUUUACUGUUUCUUUUCUCUAAUUUCUUUCUUUUAUUCUGGCCUCAUCCAGAACUUUGAUGGAUAGCAUAUCAACGCUUUAUCUGUUUAGAUGCAUGCUCACCUAAACUGCCUUGUUGAAAAAUAAGAGCAUGAAACGGACUCAACCCAGACUGUAUACAGUAGGAUACUCUAAUGUAAGUGUCCAUGCUUCUCUUUACACACUGGAUUUUUAAUUUUUCACAGUAUAGUUCGAUCCUGUCUAGGCUGUAUUUGAGAAGAAUGAUGUGUAAAAAGUAAUAAAGCAGUUAAUCACAAUGUAAAGGUAGGUCAUUAUAUCGGAACCACCUCUAAUCCAGUAUUCUUGUGCUUAAAGUAAACAGUUCAUAUAAAGCCCAAAUUUGACAAUUCCAUUGUACGCAUCGUAACAUUCUCUUCUUUUUCACUGCAAUGUAACAUUCUUUUCUUUUUCACUGGAUAUAAUCAAAGCUUUCAUGGAUGCAGUGUUGGAUAAGAGAAGCAACUUUAUUUGUUUAUUGGCAGAUGGACAGAAUGUAGCAGUUUGGUGGCAGCUAUACAUUUUACAAAAAGCUUUCCAAUUCAAAAUUGUAUAUAAUUCUUUACAGGAACAUGUAGCCUACAUAUGUUGUCAAGGUGAUAUUUUCAUUCCAUAGGGGGAAGUCUCCAAAUUGACUAUUAUUCUGUUAUUGCAGCAUUACUACUCCUAAAAAGUAUGUGCUGCGGCAAUUAGAAAUGCCAUGCUCAUCAUACAUAAAAUAAAAAAGAUAAGGUUUCUACUGCAGCAAUCAAACAGCGUGGCAGGACAGUGAACAAUUGUAUGGCAUAGUUGUGGUGUUAAUGUAAUUUCCUUAACUAACUUUGUAGCAGUAAUACUCUCUUCAAACCAAAACAUAAAAGAAUAUACAAGACAUUACAUUUAUGACAUAACCAUAAGAUUGACUUUGAUACAAACAUGUAUGAGAUGGCCAUGUGAUGAAAAGUGAGCUUUGACAUAAAAUUAAUCUUCUGAUGUGUCGGAAUUGAAUCUUAAGAUAUAUUUAUAAGUAAUCAAACCUUAAAUUGCUACUGGUGCUUUUGCACCACAGGCUGUAGCAUCACAAAACAGAGUAAGUGUAGUUAUGUCGAAUUCUAAGUAAGCAAAAUGCUUGAAUUUUUUUGAAUGAUUGCUUUGUGUCUAAUGUACAAGAAACACAUCUCCUGCAGUUUAGGUCCUAGGUUGUUGUUAUUGUAGGCAUAAAAUCCUUAAUGUAUAUUUUUUUUAUAAAAUAAUAAAAUGUCUUUUUAAAGAAGCACACAAUUGUUUCACUACAAUAUUCAAGUCAGUCCAGAAAAUAGAAGUAAUAGUUUUGCAAUAAGAAUACAUGUACUGUAUGUACAGUGCCCUCCAAAAGUAAAGUGAUAACCAUCAUUUUUACUUUCGAGCACAGCACUUUGUAUUUGUCAUCAUGAGAUGAAUAUGAUUGGCAACAUAAUAUUCCAUUUUAUUUUUGGUCAAUUCUGUUUAUACAUUUGAUCAUACAGUAUAUCCAUACAUACCGUACAUACCAUUGCUUGGCCACUUCAGGAACUGACCAUGAGAAUGCAUAGAAAAUGCACAUUGCAGCACACAAUAAUACAAAUAGCAUAAAUACAUGUGUCCAUGCUUAUUCUGUUGUUGUCAUACUAUUCUAAACAUUUGAUCUGGCAGUGAUGCAAUUUGCAGGUCUCCAAUGUCGGUCUGGAAGGGUACUGUAUCUAAUAGAGACAAAAUAGAAGAUUUGCAACAAUACUGACAUUGUCUACCAAUGACAAUACCAUGUGAUCUUGUCUGAAGGGACAAUUACAGUGGAUAUUCUUCUGAGCUGGCAGUUGUGUAAAGUAUUUUGGUUAGUAAUCUAGUAUUUGUAAGGCUUCAAAUGGUAAUGGGUGACAUUUUGAAGUACUGACUCACAGCCCAACUAUCUUGGGUGUCUGUCUAGGUAGAACUUGCAUGUUUUUCCCAUAAUCAGUUUCCUCCCACCUCUCCUCCUAAAGGCAUACUGGCUAGGUUUGAUUGCCUAUUCUAAGUUGUCCCUUUAUUCAUUACCCUUAACCCCAGGGGUUAGAGCAGUUGUAUGCUCUCAUUCCACUUUGGUUUUCAUGACCCUGAACAGAAAUAGCCUUUGCAUUUUCCCAUCCAUUCUGUGCUUUACCCCAAGAAUAAGAAUAGUAUUUGGCAGUACAACUAUACUUUGAAUUAUAGUUUCAUGACUGUAACGUUCUUUAGUUGUUCGUCUUUUCUGCCAUAGAGAUUAGUGACCACAUGACAUGACGUGUUCUAAGUGUGCCACGACAGUUUCCAAUAACCCGUUUUAUUUAAUGGGGUCCAUCUUAAUUCAUAGGAGUGAAUAUUUGAGGUAGGAUGGACUCUCCAUCGGGACCAAUUUGAUAUUGUAAAUGACAGAACGGAUUAUAACAGUCACUGGUAUAUUUUACAUGAUUUUUUUUUGUUUUAUUUGUUUGUCUUCAAGGCAGGUUUAUAUAUUUUCAUUCAAAUGUGAAAUAUACUGCAAAUAAUUGGGUUAUUUGGUGGUAGGGUUUAUACAUUUUUGGAAGAUUUGAUUGUGAUUUUGCAGUACUCAAUAAAAUGCAGUCCCUUUAGAAUUAAAUGAUUUCCAUUUGAAAUCACGUUAUACUACUUCAUAGUUGAAUAUAGACAUUAAGCAUUUGCUAGAUGUUACUUAAAAUGGUGAUGACUAGACAAAGGUAUUUUAAUAUUUGAUUCCAGUGUUUCAAAGUCCAUUUGUAAAAUGUAUACAGUUGUUUUUCAAAUAUCUUGAAUUUUUCAAAAAUAUUCUCAUUCUAAUUCACUGAGGUUUUAGCUGGUAACUAAUUACUCGACUCCAUCUGUCCUGGCAAACUGCAAUUGAAAAUAUUGAAUUUUCUUUACUGUUUUGGUAUUAAGUGGUAUUACUGCAAAGAUGAAAAUUAUGUUAUUUCGUUGCGGCAUUUAUUUUGAUUUAGCUUUUUUAAGAAAAUUGAAAUCAUUUUCCUUUGUUGUUAAUAUUGAUAAUUAGAAUGUUGUGCAAAUAUGGUUAUCACUGCUUUAGGAAGAUCCAGUAAAUAACCAUUCCACUGUGUUGUACAGUACAGUAUGUGCAUUUCAUCAUUGUUCAAAUAGGUCAUUGCACUCUUGAUCAGAAGUGAAUCACAAUUAGGAUUGUUGUCAGGUAUUUAUAUUUAUAUUUUGUGACUGGAGAGGAGAAAUGUGAAGUAUAUUUGAGAAGUGCUAAUUUAAGUUAAGAAUAACCCAUGGUAGCAUUAACUGAUGUACAGAAUAAUGCAUAAAUCUCAAGAAUCUUAAAUUACAACCUAUUGGAUACUAAACAAGUUUUUUAGUAGUCAGUGUCUAUUUGACGUUUUUUUUUUCCAAUUAGUAAUUGCCAAUGGACUAAGUUUGAAUUUGUAAAAUAAAAAAAGUGUUCAUCUUAAAUCUUCUAGAAUGCACCUUGAGCGAAAUUUUAAUCAAGUAGUCCUACAUUCAUAUAGUUUUCUUUUGGUAACAGUUUGCAGCCUGUUUCCAAUUUGACUUGAAACAAAUGAAAAACAGAUCUAACAAGUAUCAUUAAAAAUUGUAAAGGAGGUUGCUUUUUUCCUUGCACUUCAUUAUUUUGAAGUUUAUGGUUGGAUAACCAGUGGAAGAAUGUGUCUAAUUUGCUUUUCUGAAAUUACUCAGUGCUGUAUUGUCAGUUUAAGGUAGUAUUUCUUCAGAGUGCACUUAAAAAAAAUAAAAGAACAUUAUUUAAACAACUUCUUGAUUACCUCAGUAUACCUGUAACUAUGAUUUGGAAAUGUUUUAUAUUGUUUCAUCAAAUGUAAUGGUACUUUAGUUGUCAUUUGAUUUAUUACCAAAAUCUUUCUAUCUUAAAAGCCUAAAGGAGAAAUGAUCAGGUAGAACAUGGUUGGCAAACAAUAAACAAUUCACAUCUAAAAGGAUUCAAAGAUUAAUUGGGUCACAUAUGACCACUGGAAGAACAGAACUCUGCAGUGAGAUCACCUUCAUUGCCGAAAGGCAAUUUACAAUAGCUGGCUUUUCUGAGUACAUAAGUUGUUAUUUUUAUGUUGUAUACACACAUACUGUACAUUUUAAUUUGUAUGAUUGGUAAAUAUUUAAUUAAGUUGAUUCAAAGUUUCAUGUACCAUAUAUUUUAAGUUCUAGUUAUUCUUAUUUUUAUUGUAAAGUUUUUUUUUUAAUUCCCAGAUGCUUUCAACAUUGCCAGACUUAUUAAGGUAGUAGUAGAUGCAAAGAUAGCAACAUUAAUUUCUCCUUAAUGUUUGGCCUUUAUGCAAAUUUCAGCUAAUUAACAUUAUGUGUGAGCAGACAGAUUCAUACUGGUAUUAUCCUUACUUCAGUAUCUCUGUUAUGAAGAGAACACGGUGGGCUCCUAACAGUACAUUUAUGGUGUAUAUUCUGCCUGUGUAACUUUUCUCUGUAUCGCAUCCCUCACAUUUUGUGAAUAAAGUCUACAUAAAAAAUAA